UUUUAAGGGGAAUGCUAAAAGUGGAUUCACUGUUUGGAACAUGCAAUUGGAAAAUUUGGUAGUGGUUGCGUUCUGUCUUUGGGGUACUGAUGUCAGCAGAGCUUAUGUUUUCCAAGCCAGUAGACCUGGAGAGGGAGGAGACAACCCUCCAGCUCACACUAAAGUGGUCUCAGAGUGGGUCAGCUCAGCGGGCUCCUGCAAGGGCCGCUGCUUUGAGCUGGAGGAGGCCAAACCUCCGGGAUGCAGAUGUGACAAUCUGUGUAAGACCUACUACAGCUGCUGCUUUGACUUCGACGAUCACUGUCUGAAAACAGCGGGAGGCUUCGAGUGCACGCAGGAUCGCUGUGGGGAGGAGAGGAAUGACAGCCACGCCUGCCACUGCUCGGACGACUGCCUGGAGAGAGGGGACUGCUGCUCCAACUUUAAGUCACUCUGCAAUGGUGAGACUUCGUGGGUGCACGGCGGCUGCGAGGAGAUCAAGAGCGCCGAAUGUCCCGCAGGCUUCAUCCGUCCUCCCCUCAUCAUGCUGUCUGUCGACGGGUUCAGAGCCUCCUACCUGAAGAAGGGCAACUCUGUCACCCCCAACAUACAUAAACUCAGCGAGUGUGGCACGUCGGCACCCUACAUGCGUCCGGUCUACCCAUCAAAGACCUUCCCAAAUUUAUACACCCUAGCCACGGGUCUGUACCCAGAGUCUCAUGGGAUUGUGGGGAACACCAUGCACGACCCGGUGUUCAAUGCCACCUUCAGCCUGCGCAGCAGAGAGAAACUGAACCACCGCUGGUGGGGCGGGCAGCCUAUCUGGAUCACAGCAGAGGAACAAGGAGUGAAAGCAGCUAGUUUCUUCUGGCCUUGGGUGAUUCCUCUGGAGCGGAGGAUUUUGACCAUCCUGCGCUGGCUGCAUCUGCCUGAUGAUGAAAGGCCUUACGUUUACGCCGUCCACUCGGAGCAGCCCGAUACCUUCGGGCACCGACUGGGACCGCUCAGCAGCGAGCUGGAUAACCCACUGAGGGAGAUCGAUAACAUCAUUGGUCAGUUGAUGAACGGUCUGAAGCAGAUGGACCUGCAUCGCUGCGUCAAUGUCAUCAUCGUAGGAGACCACGGUAUGGAGGAGGCCCACUGUGAUCGCACCGAGUUUCUCAGCAGCUACCCGCUCAACAUAGAAGAGAUCGCGCUGAUCCCCGGCUCGCUGGGCAGAAUACGACCCCGGGACCCCAAAUCCCCCACGUAUGACCCCAGCGUUGUGGUCGCGAACCUCACUUGUAAAAUGGCGUCCCAGCACUUCAAGCCGUACCUGAAGCAGCAUUUACCCAAGAGGCUUCACUACGCCAACAACCGCAGGAUCGAGGACGUCCACCUGCUGAUGGAGAGGAAGUGGCACAUCGCCAGGAAAAUGCCAGAAAAACUGAGGACUCGGUGUGGUUUCAACGGGGACCACGGCUUUGACAACAAGAUAACCAGCAUGAGGGUACUUUUUGGGGGCGGGGGCCCGAGCUUCAAGUUCCAGACCAGAGUGCCAGAGUUUGAAAAUAUAGAGUUAUACAACGUCAUGUGUGACUUGUUGGGGUUGAAGCCGGCUCCUAACAACGGGACCUACGGCAGCUUGAACGACAUGCUGCGGCACCCUCCGUACCAACCCAGCACGCCAGAGGAAGUGACCCCGCCGUCGCCGGCGUCCAACUCCGACGCUGUGACCCACGACCUGGGCUGCAGCUGCGACGACGAGAACAAAGUGGAGGAGGUCAUCGAAGCCUUCAGUCCUGCACCAGACGGACUCUACAGUUACAACACCACCCACCUCCCGUUUGGUCGUCCGGCCGUGAUGUUUGACACCCAGUACAGUCUCCUUCACCACGUGGAGUUCAUCAGCGGCUACAGCAAGGAGCUGGCCAUGCCUCUGUGGACAGCAUACACGCUGUCUCGACAGGAGGACAUGACUCCCGUUCCCGAGGUCUCGCCCCCCGGCGUUCAGUGUGUCCGGGUCGACCCCCGAGUGUCGGCCGAUCACAGUCAGAGCUGCACCGCCUACAGCCAGAACAACCAGCUCACCUACGGCUUCCUCUUCCAUCCAGAGCUGGCAUCGUCUCCCGAGUCCAGAUACGACGCUUCGCUCAUCACCAACAUCGUCCCCAUGUACCCGGCCUUCAAGAGAAUGUGGAGUUACCUGCAGGGGACGCUGCUGAGGCGUUACGCAGAGGAAAACAACGGCGUCAACGUCCUCUCAGGACCCAUCUUCGAUUACAACUACGACGGCCUCCGGGACACCACAGAGGAGAUAAAAGAGUUCUCGGCCGACGCCCCACCCGUCCCCUCCCACUUCUACACGGUGGUGACGAGCUGCCAGGAGCUGAACCAGACGGUGGAGGAGUGUGACGGCCCACUCAGGGUCUUUUCCUAUCUGCUUCCACACAGACCGGACAACAGUGAGGCCUGCAACAGCGUGGAGGACGAGUCGCAGUGGGUGGAGGACCUGCUGAAGCUCCACACGGCCCGAGUGCGAGACGUGGAGAUCCUGACGGGCCUGGACCUCUACCGGUCCACCAACCUCACCUCCACCAGCACGCUGAGCCUCAAAACCUACCUGCACACCUUCGAGAGUGACGACUAGACGCGCAGGGAGACAGACGCACACACAGAACAGGAUGUAGCCCCCUUUUGUAGAAAAGUCCCGCGUUAUUUGUUACUGCAUGCUCGCUGGACAGCCGGCGCAUCGUUGUUCCACUCCUGAGGAACUGCCCCAGAAGUGCUUGCAAAAAAAGGGAACGCAUUUUUCGUAAAAUUGAAAAGAUUAAAAGAAUGGCUUGGCAAGCAGUAGUUUGGAAGAUUACAACAGGAACAUGCAAUACUAUCACUAAAUAAAAUCUAGGAAGGAAUAAGCUAGCACAGGGACUUUCUCGACAGCUGCCACCACCCAAUCCAGUUCAUACAGUACAGGACAUCAUCAUGCACACAUAAAGGACUAUAUUGGGCUUUUAGUUCCAUAACUAUAAACAAUGUAUACUUUAUAUUCCUACUGCCCAUCCGUUGCAUGCUGUAGAUUUGAAACAUUUUUGAAUGUGUCUUUUCCUACUCAUAAAAGACUCUUGAACCUUGCAUCACUUGUA